AACGUCCGCUGCUCGGCCUAGCGCACAGCUCGCCGACCGACCAUUGUGAUCAUUGUGAUCAAACUUUGCGUACUGCCGCAACGGCGGAGUGUUUUUGUUUGAAGCCUGGCAAGGAACAAGUGCAAUAUGCGUGCCAUCGCCGUGCUUCUCUUGUUUUUCGUUGUGUGCUUACACUUGUGCUACAGUUGCGAGCCGCACCAACGCCGUCGGGGAUGUCGGAUAAACAAUGGCCGGUGUGCGUGCGACGACUUCGGCUGCAACACCGACUAUCGAUAUGAAACUUUCGAAGAAUGUACCAAGGCGUUGCGAGGUAAAAAAUCCAACGGAUGUUCACCGAAUCCAUGCCUGCAUGGCGGCUCGUGCAUACAAGUGAGUCAAUCGCCCGGCUACAAGUGCAGAUGCGAAGGCACGGGUUAUUUCGGUGGCCGAUGCAAUCGAGCAUGCCCGAAGGGAGGGUCAGCCGGCCGGCACGACAUCUUCCCGUACGAGUGCAUUGUGAUAUGAACCGACGCGACCACAACCAAAGAUCUACGCACUCCAGCGCUUAGCGAUAAGAAUAUACUUACGUACAUGCAUAGCAUUGUAAAUACGAAUAAACCGUUUAUAGCGAAUUAA